AAACCGACUAGCGAACAUUCCGAGCAUCGAAACGCAGAUUUGGCUCUUGCGUUUUUGGCAGAGAGAACGCCCGGCUCUCCGCCGCCUACUUCUCCGGUUUCGCCGCCGCCUUCUCUUCAAUCUUCCGCCUCCGCUUCCGCUUCGACGUGCAGUUUCGCGGAGGCUCCAGACGAAUUUAGUGCUGCGGGAGGAGUGAAGUGGGAACGAUGCUGUCCGGAGUCAAAUUCAUUCCUCGUGACCAGAUUGAUGAGAGACAGGGUGAAAGCUCGGAUUCUGCAGCAGAGGGCCGGAGGAGAUCCGGCGGUAGGAAGGAAAAAUACAGUAGAAAGAAGAAAGGUUCUCGAUACGAGAGUUCAGAUGAUGAGGAGCUCCAGCAAAUAAGGAAGGCGUCUAGGAGGAAGAAGUGGUACUCCUCUGAGGAGUAUUCGUCUUCUGGUUCAAGUGGAAGCGGCAAUGACAACUCCCCGCAAGACGAAAGAAGGCGUCGUCAUGACCGUAAAAAGAAGAAGAAGAAGAUUGAUGCUAAAGAAUCGGAUGGUGGGUCUAAGAGCAGGAAGAGGAAAAGCAAAAGUGGUAGGAAGACUUAUGAGGAUUUUUCUUCUUCUUCAGGUUCUGAAAAAUCCGAUAGCUUCGACGGUGAUGCUAGGAAAGAGAAACAUCGGAAAGGUAGUAAGAAAGAUGGACAGAAAAAGGGGAAGGAAGGAGCUGAGCAGAACGCAGUCGAGGGUGAUUUUGAUGACCAGAAAAUUGUGAGGAGAGAAAUGGGGUUAGAAUGGAUGCUGAGGCCUGAACAGAAGACUGAGAGAAGCCCACCAAUAACUGUUGAUAUAGAGCCGUUGGAAACUGCGAAUGAAGAGGCAAUGAAGGCAAAUCCGAGGGAGUUAAAUCCUUAUCUAAAGAAUAAUGGGAGUGGUUAUCCAGAAGAAGAUGAACCAAAAUCUGGUGGAGACCGGCUUAUGCCUUCAUCAGUUAUCGGGGAUGGAGGCGCGAGUUGGAGGCUGAAAGCUUUAAAACGAGCGAAAGAGCAGGCAGCUAGGGACGGACGAAAUAUUGAGGAGGUUGUGGCUGAACGUUGGGGGUCCCUGGGUCAUCUGGCGGUUUCUGCUGCUUCUCAUAGAGCUGCUCCUUCUCGUGCUCAUUUGGAUUCUAUAAGAAACAGAAGGAGAGGGGUAAUGGAAGAGCAACAAACAGCUGGCCAGAAUGAAGAAGAUGGCAACACUAAGAAGAAUACACGAAACUAUUUGAAGGAUGUCUCUCUUCGCAAUCCUGACAUGCGGGUACCAAAAGUUGAUGACUCAUUAUCAUGGAGAAAGCGAAGAGGUCAAAAUCUAUCUGCCAGGGAUGCUGAUGCCGAGCUCAUUUCUUCCGCCAUGUCCAAUUUAAACAAGUACUCUAAUGAUGGAAGCUUCAUGCAAACAACUCUUGGUCAACAGAGAAACGUAUCUGGUGAUUCUUCAUCUUCACAACCUGCACAUCGCAGGAAAGUGGAUAUGUUAGAAGAAAAUAAGCCUCGCGAAGCAAUUACACAAGUGAAUGAGGGGUUAAGUGCAAACCAGUUGGCUGCUAAGGCUUUGCAGCUUCGUAUGAAAGGAAAGCACGACGAAGCUGAAAAACUAUUGCAAGAAGUGGAGAACUUGAGAAAUAAGCAGCUUAUUAGUGAUUCUUCACUAAAAUCACAGAAUGAGGGAGGCACAAACAGGAAUGUUUUAUAUGAUGUAUCUCGUCAGCAGAAGGAGGAGGAGGAGGAUGCCGACAGGCAUCUAGCUAAAACAAUAAUGCAAAAUAGGCGUUUUAGCACUUCAGGCCAAGCAGAUGAUGAAUAUGAUUUUGAUGGUCCCCCAAGGAAAAGGUCUCAGAAGAAAGGGGCUAGCAAUGAACAGAAGGCCACCCAGACUAGCUUUUUGGCAAAGCGCAUCUUGACUCAGCAGGAACGCUGCUUUUACUGCUUUGAGAAUCCAAAUAGACCAAGACAUCUAGUUGUUUCAAUUGCGAAUUUCACAUACUUGAUGUUGCCAAUGCAGAAGCCUGUUGUGCCCGGCCAUUGCUGCAUAGUCACAAUGCAGCAUGAAUCAUCCACAAGAACUGUCGAUGAUAAUGUGUGGGAAGAGAUCCGGAACUUUAAGAAGUGCCUAAUUAUGAUGUUUGGAAAGCAAGAGAAGGAUCUUGUGUUUCUUGAGACGGUGAUGGGUUUGGCACAGCAACGACGCCAUUGUUUGAUCGAGUGCCUUCCGUUACCGAGAGAAGUCGCAACGGACGCUCCUCUUUACUUCAAAAAGGCAAUCGACGAAGCUGAAGAUGAGUGGAGCCAGCACAACGCCAAGAAACUCAUCGACACUAGCGCGAAGGGGCUGCGGGCUUCCAUCCCAAAGGACUUCCCGUACUUCCACGUGGAGUUCGGCUUGAACAGGGGCUUCGUUCACGUGAUCGAUGACGAGAAGGAUUUCAAGAGCAGCCUCGGCCUCAACGUGAUCAGGGGGAUGAUGCGUCUGCCCGAGGAAGACAUGCAUCGGCGCCGUAGGUCCGAAUCUGCGGACACACAGAAGCAAGCGGUCGCGAGUUUCAUGCAAGAUUGGGAACCAUUUGACUGGACAAAACAGCUAGAUUAAUAAAAAAAAAAUUUGUCAAAAGAUUUGUAAAUGUUUGCCUAGAGUUUUGGGUAUCAUUCGGAUCAAGCUGAAGGGUUAUAUAGCUAUGUAGCGUACUUGUUUAAAUUUGUAAAGAAGUUAUAUGGGGGAAAUUAAAAUAUUGUUCAUGCCAACAGUUAUAAAGAUUGUUUAACGAAAAUUGUUCUUUUUAAUUACUUAA